AACACGAACCACAUCAUUCCCCCUACGCCGCAGGCUACCCGGCCUCACGUCCUCCACGCCCGCCUCACGUUGCUUCCGCGCGCCGUUGCCCGCUCUUACGCCAUCAUCCACGCUAGAAUACGCAUCCUCACGCUCGUCUCCUGUUCACGGACUUCCAAUGUCGCGCAUCGACACGGAUUUUGCCUUCGGCGGAAAGUACAAGGUCGAAGAGGCGAUUGCCAACGGUGGCUGCGGCGCUGUCUUCCAGGGCGUGCACACCGUCGCCGGGAAAGAAGUGGCCAUCAAGCUCGAGCCCGCCAUUGCAAGGUUCAGCCCUCUGCAACAAGAGACCAAGAUCUACAAAACGUUGUCUGGUGCACCGGGCGUACCAUGGAUUAUGUGGUCCGGCAGGGCCGGCGACUUCAACGUCAUGGUCAUCGACCUGCUUGGGCCUUCGCUCGAAGACCUCUUCCGCAUGUGCAACCGCCACUUUUCACUCAAAACUGUACUGCUUCUCGCAGACCAAUUGAUAUCUCGCAUCGAGUACAUCCACUCGCGCGAUCUCGUCCACCGUGACGUGAAGCCUGGCAACUUCGUCAUGGCGAAAUCCGAGAAAGACUCGCCGUAUCUUGUCAAUAUCAUCGACUUCGGCCUGGCCAAGAAGUAUCGCGAUCCCCGUACGGGCGCGCAUAUCCAGUACGCGCAGGAGGAUCAGCACGGCGUGGGCACAUGUCUGUUCGCGUCAAUCAACACUCACCUCGGUGUCGAAUGCUCCCGUAGAGACGACCUCGAGUCCCUCGCGUACAUGUUCAUCUACUUCAUGCGUGGCACGCUGCCGUGGCGGAAGAUCAAAGACCCUGACGCGACGACGACGUGGAACCUCAUCCGCGACAAGAAGCUCGAGACCGAGGAGUUCCUCAGCGUCGGGCUCCCCGCCGAAUUCGACAUCUUCCACAAGUACGUGCGCGGGCUCGAGUUCGACGACCUGCCCGACUACGAUGGUCUUCGUGCGUUGUUCCGUGGGCUAGCGGAGAAGCACCGGAUCGAGUACGAUUGGGUAUUUGAUUGGUCGGUACCGAAGCCGAAUGAGCGCAAGCGCAAGAGGAAGUGCCGCUCGUGCCAUGCAUGCAGCGCGGCAGCUGAAACAGCGAAAGCGGCCGCAGCAUUGCGGCGAGCCUCAUAGUGAGGAUACGCCGGUGGUCGGUAUACCAUGCACAGCAGGCCAGUACGCCAUGCAAAAUCUUGAUCGUCAGGUGCUCGCGCGAUAUGCUAUGUAGUCCGAGAUUCGACGCAUAUGCGUACGCGGUGCACGAAUGACACUGUAAAUGAACAUGUCCGGUGCCCUCCGACGCGCCCCACUCGCCUUCGGACAU